GGAGGCGAAGAGCUUCUGGUCAAAUGAUUCAGCAAGAAACCACCCCCCGCCCCCCAUCCCAUGCCGAGCCCCAGGGCCGCCAUCCCCCGCCCUGCAGGCUCUGGGGGCCUCACGCAGCCAUGUGGCCGGCUGGGGCGCUCGCCCUCUGCAGCCUGAUCUUGAGCACCACGGGGGACCCAUCCCGAGAUUUUUGUUCCCAGAUCCUUAACUCAGAUGUGAUUCCAGGAUCUCCAAAAACAAUAAAGACCAACAACCCAGGAGUCCUCAAAGCAGCGAGACACAGCGUUGAAAGGUUCAACAACUGCACAAACGACAUCUUCUUGUUCAAGGAGUCCCACAUCAGCAGAGCCCUGGUCCAGAUAGUGAAAGGCCUGAAGUACAUGCUCGACCUGGAAAUCAGCAGAACCAUCUGCAAGAAAACCAAGCACCCCAGUCUGGACAACUGUGACUUUCAGACCAAUAGCACCUUAAAGCGGACUCUCAGCUGCUACUCUGAAGUCUGGGUCAUCCCUUGGCUCCAGAGGCUCGAGGUGCCCGUUCUCCUUUGUCACUGACUUCCUCUCAGCCAGACUGCUGCUGGGACAAUCGCGAGACACCUGUGCUCUUUAUUGCCCUCAGUCACAGCUCCACUCCGGCUGGCACAGGCCCUCUGGGACUUCAGAAAUAGUAUCUCACAAGUGAGCAGAAUGGAAGUGCCAGGGGUUCACUGCAGAGUAGCUGGGAUGGAAGACACUGCCCCAUGGCUAGAUUAAAUCGCAUUUUCUUCUAAACUUAAUUAAUUUCAUUGAUGCUGUACACCUGAUUCAGGGUCUGAACAUACAGGACUGAGUCCUCCGAUGGGAAUUAUUCGGGUUCUCACCCCCUGAGGGAGCCCCCCACUCGAUUACCCCAUGGUGCCAGGCUCGUUGAUGAAAGCCCAGAGAUCAGUCCUUAGUGGGAAUCAUUCCAGCCCUGGGCAGGGGACCACGUCUGCUAUAGAGCAUCUUGACCUUUCGUGGAUGAAUAGAGCUAUGAAUAAAUAUGAAUAAAGAACUGGCCAUCUCAAAGCA